UAGAACAACAAAAAAGGAAGUAUCGAAGGAGUUGUUAAAAAGUUUCCGGUAGCAGAACUUGGAUAUUUUGUGAUAUCUAUUGUUAUAAUAAAUAUUAAUCUAUUCAGACGGUUCUAAUUGCUAAAUACCUAAAUGGUACAUAGCGAAAAUGCGGAUUCGACCUGGCAUGGGACGCAAGUCCAGCAACAAAAAUCCACAGAUUUUCAGUCACGAAUUCGUCAUACAUAAUCAUGCGGAUAUAGUAUCUUGUUUAGUUAUGAUCUUUGUGGUUGGACUGUUGGAUGAGACAACUUCACAUUUUACUAGUGCUUUUGUUACCCUACAACACAAUGUAACGGGCCAAGAUUCUUCCCGUGACAAUCCAACUGGAAGAACUUAUACGUAUGUUGCAGGCAUAAAGGACUACUGUUCUGUUUUUUUCUAUACACUAACAUGCAUAAUUAUGCAUGCAAUUAUACAGGAAUUUUUAUUAGAUAAAUGCACGAAAAAACUACAUUUGUCUAAGUAUAAGUUAGCUAUCUUCAAUGAAUCUGGACAAUUAAUUGUGUUUUACAUAAUAUCAGUUUUCUGGGGUGGGAGAGUCAUACUUCGAGAAGGUUACUUUACCCAAUUUUCACUGCUAUGGGAAGACUUUCCCAAACAUCCUAUGACAUAUAUGCACAAAUUCUUUUUCAUUAUACAAAUGGCUUACUAUUUGCACAUGUUGCCGGAACUUUAUUUUCAAAAAGUGAAAAAAGAAGACCAACAAUCGAAAAUAUUACAUUCCAUAUUUGGAUUUGGUAUUAUUUGUUUGGCGUAUAGUUUUGGUUUUCAACGCAUUACCAUUGUUUUGCUCACAUUGCAUUAUGUUGGUGAAAUAGUUACACAUAUCUUCCAGUUAAUCGAUAUUUUUGAUCGCAAUGAGAAAUUACUUAAUCUUCGUGUUUUAAAUAGUUUUACGUUCGUAUCUGUACGUUUUCUAAAUAUGGUUAUUGGAGUCUUGACUCUUUAUUAUGGCAUCGCUAACACUGAGAGUACCAUGCGUGCCCUUUUCGCACUAUUUGGUCUAAUUGUUCUACAAGGAUAUUUGAUAUUUUCUUUUAUUACUGAAUAUUUCCGAAUGAAACGUGAAGAGCAACGAGAAGCAAGGAAUCAUCAACUAAGAAAACCGAAAUCAUCGAAAGACAAAUUAAAACGAAGAAAAGAAAGUGAUUUGCCUGAAGUCGAUCAGCAUCGAAUGUUAAAAUAAAUACAUUGUAUAAAGCUCAUUACUUUUAAUUUAUGCUAUCUUUUUACAAAAUAAAUAU